AUGUUAAGAAGAAAAUUAGAAGCUGUUGGAGAUACAGUAGAACCAUUUCAUUUUAUUUUACAUCCAAAAGAUGAACAAAGUUUACCUCGUGAAAACCAAGAUAAAGGAACAGAAUUAUAUUCACUUUUAGUUCAACAUGAAAUUAUUCAAGGAGAUACAAUAAGAAAAAGAUUUCGAAAUAAUUCACAAGAGCGAGAUAAAAUAGAAAAGAUAAUUCGAAAUGAUCUUGAUCCUUCGAUUGCCGAUCCAUUAAUUAGUUUAUUAAAUAGUAAAUCUUCUUUUGAAAAAAAAGAUUUCGACGAUAUUGUUUGUUAUAGUGAAGAAUUAUGGCAAACUUUAAAUAUAAAUAGAAUAGAAAAAGAAUUACCACGGAUAUAUGAAAAUAAAGGAAAAUAUGCGAAAAUUAAAUUUAAUGAUAAUGGUCAUGAAACAAAAGAUCUUAAAACAUUUUUAAUAGAAUUAAAAGAUAAUAUUAGUCAACAAAAUCAAUAUUUUUAUCAAACAGAUUUACCAUUUACUAUUAAAGAAGAAGAAGGAAAUAAUAUUCGAAUUUAUCUAAAAGAAAAAAAUAUUUUAAAGUCUGGUGGACUUGCCAAAUAUAAAUAUGGAGAUAUUAAAAGAAAUAUUGAAAGAAUUUUAAAUAAAAUUUUAAAAAGAGAUAUUCGUCCAUUUAAAACAGGUUUAAAAGCUAAUUUAAAAGAUUUUAUAGAUCUUCAAGAUCAAGAAAAUGUUCCAAAAGAUAAAUCUUGGUGGGAUUGGAAUGCUUUUGCCGUUGCAAUGAUAGGACCCGUUCAAGUCAUUGCCGGAGCUGUUUUAGUAGCCUUUGGUUUGACUCAGAUAGGCAAUGCUUUAAUAUCAGGUACUUUUAGUUGUAAAGAAAUCAAAUUUAAAAUGCGUUAA